AUUCAACAUGAGCGGACGAGGAAAAGGAGGAAAGGGUCUCGGUAAAGGAGGCGCUAAGCGUCACCGUAAAGUCCUCCGUGACAACAUCCAGGGAAUCACCAAACCUGCCAUCCGCCGUCUGGCUCGCCGCGGGGGGGUGAAGCGUAUCUCCGGUCUGAUCUACGAGGAGACCCGCGGUGUGCUGAAGGUCUUCCUGGAGAACGUGAUCCGUGAUGCCGUCACCUACACCGAGCACGCAAAGAGGAAGACGGUGACCGCCAUGGAUGUGGUGUACGCGCUCAAGAGACAGGGACGCACCCUGUACGGAUUCGGGGGUUAAACCAUCUAACCGUUUCAACCAAACAACGGCUCUUUUCAGGGCCACCCACCUGAUCUGAGAGCAAAUUACCGACAUUUAUACGCACACAUUGAAAAUGACCGCAUAAUUCCUGAAUCUCUUAUUUUGAAAUCGCACGGCUAAUAUAAGCGUUUAUCUAUAUAUUUAUCUAUAUGUUCGUGUUCAGUCUAUCGUCAACUGUCACCCGCAACCCACUGCUGAAUGAAGUGCUAGUUUGCUCCCUUGGAAAGUGGAGCGAGGUAUGAAAUUCAGUAACACUUCCGUUAUUGCAAU